CUGGCUCCCGGCAGUCGCUUUGAAGACGGCUGCACGGAUUCAGUGGCCUUCACGACUGUGAAGAAAAAUGCACUUUAUUCUGUCUUUGAAAAAGGGACUCCUGACACAAAAGCAAAAUUUUGUACAUCUUUGAAGCAUUAUCAGUCCAGUAUGGCAAACUCAAUGCACCAGUUCCAGGACUGUGCUCACUGUGGGAUCUCUUUUUUCGACGAGACCAUGCAUCUCCUUCACAAGGGUUUGCACACGGAAGGCGACCCCUGGAGAUGCAACUUGUGUGGCACUCAGUGUAUGGAGAAGUACAUGUUCACCACGCACAUCAUCUUCGCAACUCACUCCACGUAG